UCGAAAUAGAAGAAUUUCGAUUUUGUUCUUCGUGUUUUAUACCACAUGUGUUAAUUAAAAUUUUAUGAGAUUUUUAAAUAAAAGCUUUUAAAAACAUGGAAGUAGAAGGUCAAUUUAGUGACUAUGAAGAAGAUUUGUCAGUUAAAGUUAAAUCAGUUCGUUUUGCCGAGCUACCAGUAAUCCAUAAGGACCAAAGUGAUGAUGAUGACGAUGAUUUAGAUUCAGAUGAUUAUUUCUACGACUCUGAUGAUCCAACGCAAGGUAACAAAAAAAAGGAACAUGUAAAUCCACAAGCGCCAUCACAUAAAAUCAUCACAUACCAACCGAGUGAGAAGUUAUUUAAGAAAUAUGUAAAUAAAAUAAAUGUUAAUAAAUAUGAACCAAAUAUCUUUGAUAAUGCACAGAAGUUUAUGGAUUUAAAUGAUAGGAAAGUUGAUAAUGAGAGAAUAAGAGUGAAAGACAAACAUGAUAGAGCCACAGCGGAACAGGUUAUGGAUCCUCGUACAAAAAUGAUCCUAUUCAAACUACUCAAUCGUGGUAUUAUAAAUGAAAUAAAUGGUUGUAUAUCCACUGGUAAGGAAGCAAAUGUAUAUCAUGCAACAUCAAAAGAUGGUAAAGAUUAUGCAGUGAAAAUUUAUAAAACAUCAAUUUUAGUAUUUAAAGACAGAGAUAAAUAUGUAUCAGGUGAAUACCGUUUCAGAAAUGGUUAUUGUAGAUCUAAUCCUCGCAAAAUGGUUAGGACUUGGGCUGAGAAAGAAAUGAGGAAUCUUGUUAGAAUGUACAAUGCCCAGUUAAAUGUGCCCGAGCCAAUAAUAUUACGUAGUCAUGUAUUGGUGAUGACAUUUAUGGGUGAGAAGGGCUGGCCCUCACCGAAACUGAAGGAUGUAGAAAUAUCACAGUCCACUGCAAGAUCUUUAUACAGAGAUUGUAUUACGAUGAUGUGGAAAAUGUUUAAUAUUUGCAAAUUGGUGCAUGCCGAUCUGUCUGAAUAUAAUUUACUAUACCAUAAUGGGAAUAUUGUGGUUAUUGAUGUAUCACAAUCUGUAGAGCAUGACCAUCCUCAUGCUUUUGAAUUUUUACGCAAAGAUUGUACAAACAUAUCAGAUUUCUUUAGAAAGAGAGGUGUUGCUACGUUAACAGUUAAAGAACUGUUCGACUUUAUAACUGAUGCCUCAAUAAACGAAAAUAAUUUAGAAGAAUGUUUGGAGAAACUGUCAGAUAAAGCUGCUUCAAGAAAUUUUGACGAAAUGACUGCACAAGAGCAAGUGGAAGAGGAAGCUUUUAAAAAUGUCUACAUUCCUAAAAGGCUUACUGAGGUAAUAAAUUUCGAGCGCGAUAUCAGCAAGGCUAAGAAAGGAGAGACAGAUGACCUAAUAUAUAAGAAAAUAGCCGGAUUCAACGAAGACCUUACAGGAACUGUGGAUAAACCUGAAAUAUUGCAAGAAGAUGAUGUAAAUGAUGAUGACUCCGAGUCUGGGUCAGAAGAUACCUCUGGUGAUGAUGAUGAUAAAAAGGGCAAAUUUAAAAAUAGUGCUCGUCCGAAGGAUGAGUCCUUGGAAAGUAAAAAAGCUAGAAAAAAGGCUGUCAAAGAAGAGAAAGCUGAAAGAAGGAAAACGAAAACAAAGAAACACAUUAAAAAGAGACGAGACAAGGGGACCGGCAGAAAGUAAAGUUGAUAUUUAAUAAAUAAGUUUAUAAGAUUGUUUAAUGAAAUAAAAUACUUCAAUAAUA